CCUGAUCGACCUAUACCCUUACUCAGACGUCACAACAUUUUGUGUCUUUCACGAUGAGAUACCUUGCCGUUGUGCUGUCCGCUGCCGCAGGCGUGCAAGCAGCCAGACAAUGCUCAACCACCACAGGGUACACCCACCGGGUACUCGAUGCCCGUUACGAUGGCCCAGAUGUCGAUAAGCCAGGCAGCGACCUUGCGACCAUCUCGGUCAGUCUCAGCAGUAGCACAACACCUCUUUACGAGUGUGUAGCGCAAUGGCCAGAAUCAUGGAAGGGUUUCCACAAUGUCACGGAGAAGCUGAUUUGGAGCGAUUGCAUCUGGACUGGUGCUGGUAGUGGGGCGGACAAGUCGGUGGCUUUUGCGGUGGAUUGGAAUAAGAAGGUGGUGUAUCUGGCUCAUGUGUUUGCCUGCAGUGAUCGUGAGGGGACCGACGGCCUAGCGACUGGAACGCUCCCUCUUUCCGAGCUUGACUGUGACUACACCGAAGAGGGCAGCGCCUAUUGCAUCCCCAAGGCGACAUCUUCAGGCGCUCGCCCUGACCUCAGAAUAAGCACUGUACUUGCCCCCACGGCCCCAGACGCCAACACCGCCUCCUGCUCUGAGAUCUCUGAGCAAUACCAGUCAUGGACACUGGAGAAGUGGCACAGACAGUUUGUCCUUACUCCUGGCAGCUUUGAGCCCAAGGCCGGAACCGAUACUGGACCAAGCUUCACUCUCAAGAGCUUGGGCGUGAAUGGCGUGACGUUUACUUGUGCCACUACAUCUGCCCCAGUUGGUCCCUUUCAGGGGGAGUGCAAGUCGGAUGUUACCAAGGCAGUCGCGACGUUCACUUUCGACCCCAAACUCAACAUUUUGACUGUCAAGCAAAAGUGGGAUUGUGGGGAUUCUGCCGCGUUGGAGACGGUUGGUGUUGGCUACAUGCAGGGUACUUGUGACAGGGGCUUCAACAGUGAUGUCUUUACUUGCUCGUCCGAGCCAGUCCUGAUUGGAACUGAGGCGUUAUAAAAACAGUGGGAAGACUUGGCGAACGAUUGGGCUUUUCUGGUUGCUGUUAUUCACGCAUUUAAAUAUCCGAGCAAGGGAACCCUUUAUCCUGAUGUAUGAAUCUGUGACUCCAUGACUACAAUCGAUUUAUUAAACUACAAA